CAAAGCAGGCUGUGAGUCAUGGCAGCAGAGCCCCUGACUCAAUGCUGCUGUGGUUAAUCAGUAACCAGAGUGGGAGCACCAUGAGCGGCUGGCUGGGUUAAAGCCAGGGAGCAGAGGAGUCAGGACCUCACUCAGCACCUCACUCAGCAGCAGCAGCAGCAGACACACACGAAAGAAUUGUUACCAACAAAAGGUAAAAUGCAGAGAUCGCUCCUUCUAGUCCUCCUGCUGUGCGGCUGCCUGUCAGGAAAUCAGGCCAACCGCGUCUACGUCCACCCCUUCUAUCUCUUUGCUUCGGAGAAUGUCAGCUGCGAGACCCUGCAGACCCAGACGUCCAAGCCCCUGCUGACACUUCCUGUGGCUCCCCUUGAUAUUGAAGUUCUAACACCAGACAGCAGGGACCCGUCAAAACUGGACACACAGAGGCAGAACAUCACAGAGAGGACGGCGGUUCUGGCAGGGCUGUUGAACUCUCUGGGCCUGAGGAUGUACCAGGCUCUCAGCAGCAAGCAGCACGGUGCCAACACCCUCCUCUCUCCUGUCAACACCUUUGGAUCCCUCGUCACUUUCUACCUGGGAGCCUCCAAGAAGACAGCGAGCUCGUUCCAGCUUCUUUUGGGCCUGAGCAGUGGCACUGACCGAGAGGACUGUGUGUCCUUAGUGGAUGGACACAAGGUUCUCAAGACCCUGCAGAGCAUUAACUCUCUGGUGGACGACGGACCCAAAGAUGAAAUCACCACCCAGGUCUGGGCCUUCACUCGUCAGGAUGUUCAGCUAUCCGAGGACUUUAUUCAGGGCACACAGGACUUCUCAGACACAUCGUUCAUCCGCAGCGUGGACUUCUCCAAACCUCAGGAGGCUGAGCAAGUGGUGAACAGCUUUGUAGAGAAGACGUCCGAUGGGAAAGUGAAGAGCAUCUUCAAAGAUCUGAACUCCUCCAGCAGUGACCUUCUGUUCAUUUCCUCCUUCAACUUCCAAGGCAGCUGGAAGACAGCCUUCCAGCCAGAGAGGACCUCCUUGCAGGAGUUUCAUGUGGAUCAAACAACCACAGUGAUGGCUCCAAUGAUGACCCACACGGGUCAGUAUCACUACCUGAAUGACAAGAUGCGGCGGUGCACUGUUGUGAAACUGUCUUUGAGCAAACGGUCAUACAUGUUGCUGGUCCUGCCUCAUGAAGGGGCCAACCUCCAUGACAUAGAGUCGAAGCUGCUCACAGACGUCAUUUCUGGCUGGCACCAGAGCCUCCAGGAAGGUCUGCUCGAGCUGUCCCUGCCAAAGUUCUCCAUGUCUUCUGUGACCGAUCUGCGUGACCUAUUGACCGACAUGAAUCCAGAAAUUGAGGCGGAACUGUUGGGCUCCCGGGCUGAGUUCAGCCAACUCAGCAACACCAAACCCUUCACUAUAGAUAAGGCGGUUAAUAAGGUGUUGUUUGAGAUGUCAGAAGAAGGAGCAGAACCUCAGGACAAGAUACAAGAAGCAGGUGUCCCUGUGAAAUUGUCCAUCAACAGGCCUUUCUUCUUUUCCGUCAUAGAAGGAUAUUCUAACGCCAUCCUCAUGCUUGGCAGGAUCACAAAUCCUACACUCUAAAGUUAUAUAGUACUUGAAACCAACAAAAACCUCUGACGUGAAAAUCGCCCCAACAUGCCACACCUAUUGUCUUACAAUCUACUUAAUCGCCUACGGCUUCAAUGACUAAAAUCAUUCAACAAAAAUCUCAUUUAAAUCAUACCCCUGUUUUUCAGCUGAAAGGAUGGCCACAUACUGUGCACAAGGAAUGAAAGGCAAAUCCAUUAAUAUGCAACAGUAUUGUAGUUAUCUCUCAUCACCUAACUGAUCCUCUCCACAAACUCAGGAGUCACUGAGGGUCCCUGUCGCAGUAUUUAUGAAUACCUGUUACUUUAACCUGAGUUGUUUUCAAGCAGCCUAUUAAAAUCCUAUUUUUUUUCCUGUAAAAUUUAUUAUAGCAGAGUUCUGUACAGUAUUUUGCGGUAGAGUAGUAGGUACAGUAACCAUGAUUCUCUACGUUAAAUGACUAAUACGUUGUAUAUUGUAACUAAGAGUUUAUUUUUGUUUUGUUACGAUUUGGGAUUGCCGAAAUAAAACAUUUGUUUCCCA